CAAAGAAACAUCUCGAUCAUUAACGAAGGGCAUUCUAAUAUGAAUUCACUCGCUUCCCUAUGCUUGCUAUCCCUUCCCUUCCUUUCCCAUCUUCCGCCUUUCUGAAAAGAACCUAGACGCCACAAGAAUUGUCCCGUACCUCAGGCUAAGGGUACCUUAGGGUAAGAAAGGUGGUAGAUUAGUAUGUCAUGAGCCUCAUUUGAAACCCCCACCUCGUACCUCGCUCAUCCCUAGGUGAUGCCCGUGCUUGUUGACCCUCCCUGCCUCACUCCCCUCGUACCUAUUUGCGAAAGUGUGGCGCUCAUGAGGCUCAUCUCCCCAAAGCACCUGAGGCGUAGUUAGUCAGUUCAUCAAACAACCCCCAUCGCGACAAACCACAUCUGAAAUAGGUGCCUAGUACAUACUACUCGUUCAAGACUUACAUCAGGUCAACAACAUUACCGCUUCAUGUGACAACCAUCAGCUACUUUUACCUGAGCUCAGUCUUAUCAUGUGAAACCCGUCACUAUGGCUGUGCCGAGUGUUACUAGCGACAAUUUCCUCGCUGUUGCUCUUGUAGUCAAUCGCUCUCGCGAUGGCCCAGCAUUUGUGUUCCACUACCCAGCAAACAUCGAACCUCAUUCCAAGCCAAGUUCUUCUGCAGGUGCCGACCUUGAGGAUAUUCUUCUUGAACGGCUCUCGCAGCAGAGCUUCUCGGAUGUUGCCGACGACGUACCUCUCCCUAAGCAAGGACGCAACGCAGACGAGCACUCUUUUACUGAAUCUGGAUCUCAGAUUGUUCCGUGGGAACGUGUUGCAGGCUUCCCUGCUCGCGAUCUUGCGGGCAUUCUGACUCCCGCCCGCCCCUACCACAAGAAACUCUUUCAACUGUCAUUAGAUCCACUAUAUUGUGUAUCUUACCCUAUCCACGUCCCUGAAAAUGGCAGAUGGAAGAAGCCGAAGAAGGCAUCCCGCGCUGAUAAGCGCUCUGCGUACAACGAAGAACAACCAGCGCCUCAUGAGGUCGAUCCUCUACCUUCAGGAAAGGCGCCUGAGCAACCCGUAGAGGAAAAGGACGGCAAGAAGGAAGAUGGUAAGGACAAGGACGAUGAGAAACGCAGCUCCAUGACUAUGUUUAACCUCGUCUUCAUCCUUAACCCUAGCAGUAACGAAGUUAAGGAUGUUGUUGAAUCCAUGUACGACCACAUUAUAAAGAAGGUUAGCAAGGCCUUCAAAUACAGCCAGCAACAUAGCGAAUUUGUGUGGAAAGAGUCGAAACGAAUACUUGUCGCCAAAGACAAGGCGCGAGAGGAGCGGAAACGAAUGAGUGUUCUUUGGAAAGAAAUACUUCAGAGCUCAUCACUGGCCGCUACCAUGCACGAUAUAUAUGAGGCAGUGUCUCAAAACAAGAUUGCCGCUCUGCAUCUCGAUACUGCAGCUGGCUCUCUGACCCCUUCGGUUCAGAUUCCUAUUCCUUUCUACAUCGAUGACCUCCCUCAGGGCGAAGAGGGGACCCAGCGCGGCCUUUGGCUCACCACCGCCAAUACCUUCAUCAGUCAGGAUGCCCUCGAGGAGCCUGGUUUUCUUGAUCGCAACUUUGCUCUGCUACUCACUGAUGAUGAAAAGAAAAUCAUCGCUGAGCUCCAGGCUGAUCCAGACCCAACUACAGCCUCAAUGGUUGAAUUUGUACGGCUGUCAAAGCCAACACAAUCAUUCUACCAAGUUGGUCAAAGCAACAUCUUGACUCUGGGCCAAGUGCGAAAAUAUGCUCAGCAUUUUAUAUUCUGGCGUCGUGCCAUUGCUAUCCCUCCCCUCCACGCCAAGGAUCAGUAUAUACUAUCUCCCAAUAGUGACUUAUCCCGUCUUCCUCUGGAUACUUUAGAAUGGCAGAGAGCGUUCCCCCUGGCUCCACCACUUCCAAACUUCCUCGCUGAGCUCUCACAAGCACCUCGUCCAUACAAGCAGUUUUCGCCUAGCAAAGCCCACCGCCCGACCUAUCUUCUUAUGCUUUCCUGGCUCAUGCGCCGCGGUUGGGUGACCCAACUCUGUACAUUUGCCUACGUCGUCGUCUGGCCUGAAAUCAUGUACGAGGUUGAGUACGAGAUAGAAGCCGAGGAGCUCCGUGCCGCCGCGGAUGCAGAUGCGUACAAAAGCAAAGAAAAAGAGGCCAAAGACGAUGCCUCUACGUCUGCUUCGGUCCCACGCACCUCCGAGUCUUCCGAAGGCCACUCCGGCACUGACGGCUCUCAUGUCCCCACCGUUGCCGAGCAGGCCGCAGAGAAAGCCCGUCUCGAACGGAUUGCCUCUAAAGCCCAGCGCGAUGCUGCUGAAAAGGCGACAGCACAUGCUCGUAAGCCUGUCCCAGUCGCAACGGCACAUCCCUCUGUAAACGACCACCCGCAUCUCCAAGGCUUGACACCUCACAUCAUCCUCGAUGCCAAGAAGGCCACCGGCAAGGAAUCACGCUACCUGUCCGCCAUCGCCCGUCGUUUCAAUGACGAAAAACUAGCAAACAGCUGGCAGGUUAUGUGCAAGUAUUUUGAUGGCCGAUGUGCCUUGGAACGCAUCGCUUUACAGGAGGACAUGAAGCGGAAGCUGGUAUGGAACACACUGACAGCUAUGAGCGAGUAUUUGCUAUGUACCCGUCAUUGGUGACCCAGCUGGCUAAAAUUCCUGCGGCACGCUUCCCGGUUUCCGUGUCCAAAUGUAGAGAUGUGGUCAUGGAUAGAAAUAUUUAUAAUGAUAAGUAUCUCGCUUGUGGUAUCUAGGCAAUAAAAAGCAACGAAACAGCUGCACAACUGCAGCACGUACAAUGAGUCAGAGCACUCCUCCAGUACAGUAUAGGAUCUACUUCCAUUCGCCUUGUUACCUAAAUUUGGACCAAAAAGCACCAUGUGUAGUAGACUGCAAGGAGGAAAGGGGGAGUGGAGAGAAGUGAAGAUUCCUAAACCAGAUACAUUCGAGAUUUGACCUCGUAUCCAUUCAUUGACUGCCCUAGACUUAAUGCAUAAAGUAACCCAAG